UCCACAAGUGCAAUGGAUGAUGAGAGUCAUAAUAGUAGUUUACCAAAUGGAUUCAACAAAGGAAGUCCCGAAAGCCCUUGUUUAAAAACAAUUAACAACAACAACAAUAAUCAUCAUGAUCAUCAUAAUCAUAAUAGCAAUAAAGAACAAGACCGUUUUCUCCCUAUAGCCAACGUAGGUAGAAUAAUGAAAAAAGUGAUUCCACCAAAUGGAAAAAUCUCAAAAGAAGCAAAAGAGACAGUUCAAGAAUGUGUGUCGGAGUUCAUAAGUUUUGUCACGGGAGAAGCAUCCGAUAAAUGCCAAAGAGAAAAAAGAAAAACAAUAAAUGGUGAUGAUGUCAUAUGGGCUAUUACAACUUUAGGCUUUGAAGAUUAUGUUGACCCAUUAAAAUGUUACCUUCAAAAAUAUAGAGAUAUUGAAGGUGAAAAGGUUAAUGUUCCAAAACAACAACGUUGUGAACAAAGGCUACUAAAUCAACAUCAACAUCAACAUCAUCAUUACCUUAACCAAGAUGAAAAUAAUCAACAUUUCAACAAUAGUGUAUAUACUUCAACAAAUCUUAUGUCUCAACCUCCUUAUGUGACCACUGAUCAACCAUUUCCAUUACCUUUUUCUCCAAAUUCAAUUCAAAAACAAUUACGGCCACAAGACCAAAUUGAUUCAUUAGGACAUUGGUAUGAAUGAGUAAGACCAAGCUAGUUUUUAUUUUACGUUUGGCUUUCUUUUUCUUUUUCCUAUACAAAAAUUAAUAUAUUUGUAAUUUUAUAGAUAUGCAGAUAAGAAAAAUUAUAGAUACAA